AUGCCUGGCUCUAUCUCACGCGUAUCCUUCACGAAGCAGGACGAUGCCUACUUGGUUCUCUACCUAGCGAAAUAUACGGCGGACGGGAAGAGACGGCACGGUAACGACGUGUACAAAGAGCUGGUGGCAAAUAGGAAGGGAAUGUGGCGGUGGUCGGAGCGUCAUACAUGGCAGUCCUGGCGCGAGCACUAUGUCCGUGACACUGAGAGGUUCGACCGUUAUAUCGCGAAGAAGCAGUCAUUGUCCGGUUCCUCUCAGCCUUCCGCGUCUCAGAACUCAAUCAAGGAUGGUCGCCAUCGACAUGCAUUCACCGAAGAAGAUGACACACACUUGGUGAAAUACAUCGCCAAACAUGGCGAUCCCGGCGGCGGGGGGCGGAUGGGAAACAACCUGUACAAGUACUUGGUGGGGAACCCGCUCAAGUGGCCCUGGGCUCCACGGCACCCUUGGGAGUCGUGGCGCGAGCGCUACAAAAAUCACCGUGAUAAGUUCGACCAGUUGAUCAACAGGCACCACAAGAAGUAUGGAGUCGGGCCGUUCAGUUCUCCCACGAAGGCCGAACGGGGCAAUGCUGUGAAAGAAGAGGAAGAAGAGGACGAUGAUCGCCUGCUUAGAAUUAGAAGAGGACGGGCGCCAGCUCCCGUGGAGGAUGAGAGCGCAGAAGCAUCUGCUAGGGAUAAUAGCAAGAGAAAGAUGAAGCGUCGAAGAGAAGACGGCGGUGAGCACGCUAUUAGGGGCGGCAAGCGGAGACGCGUCGACAACGAGGAAGCGGGCCAAGCAGACGAACACAUUCAGGUCGAAGCCCCUGCUGAAGCUGGAAACGGAGCUGCACCGCGUGUUCAAGAUGAUUCGGGCAAAGAAAUCAAUCGUGGGAAACAUAACCGCGAUGAAGAAGCGGAGGAAGCGGACGCAGAAUUGGUGGAGCAGGUUGUGGCACCAGAGGCGGGGGCCGAGGCUGAGCGUGAGGAUGACGAGGAAGACAACGACGCAGAGCAUCGACGCGUGCUUGCCCCGCCUCCUUCAGACGACUACAACGGAGAGAUCUUUGACCGUCCCGAUGAUGGAGCGGCAGUGGGGGUGGAUGCUCCGCAAUGGAAGACCAUCCCGAGCGACCCGGAGGACGAACUUGGCAGCGAUGCAGAGAAUGACGAAGAGGUCGAUGAGCUACCUAAUGAGCCAUACGAUGGAGUAGAUCAUGUCGAAGACCAACAGCCCCUUGCGAGUGCGGCCGACGAGGCUAACGAGGCCAACGACGCGGAUCUUGCCUAUCAUAAUCAGUCCGCUCCUGCUCCUUCUGCGCCGCGGAUCGAAGACUCCAUGCUUAACGGGCGGUUAUAUCCCGAUGUUCCCUCGCCACCGCAUUCCGUUCAAGCGGAGCCCUUGAUUCCUGGGACAUUUCCAGGUGAAUCGACUCCUGUUGCGCAAGCGCGACCGUCCAGGGCUGCUUCCGGACUCCCAGAUGCUGCACGCCCGUCUCUGCCUCACGAAGUGUCGCAUGGGAUCGCUCAAGCACCUUCGUCGCCUGACGGCGUCCCUGAACGAACCCCAGUACGGUCUGCUGCAUCAUCUCAGCGGACGAUCCAGAGACCAACGAAAGCCCGUCCGGCACCACCUCCGGAAUCUGUUCUCGAGGAGAGCGCCACUCCUCGCCCACCCACUGCACCAGGUGAAGAAUCCCGUGCACGCUCCAGCGGAGAACCCGGCCCAUCUGCGACCGUGUUCGCCAUGUCAACACCCCGCCUCCGCAAGAAGGUGCGCGUACCUGCGAUCCUCCAGCCCGACUUCUUCACGUCGCUUUCGACGACCCCGAGUGAGGCUAGCCGUAGGGCGCGCAGUCCUGUGGAGCGCCGGCGGAUGAGAGAGCCUCCGCGCCUCGACGAGGGUGCGUACAACAAGGCGUUCACCGACUCCGUGGGCAGGCGCCGUGUGAGUCUGCAUGGGAGAGUGUAUGGUGUCGAGGAACAGGACCUCGACGAUUUGCCUCAAGAGGAGGAACAGGACAUCUCGUGGCCUCCUAAGAGGGACAGGAAGGGUAAAGGAAAGGAGAGGGAGAAACCCAUGUUCAUGGAGAAGACAGUGCGGACGACAAUGACGGUCAAGCAGGAGGUCCCGAACUCGCAGCCGCUCUUCGCCCAGCCAAACGGUAGCCGCUUCCGUGCCGCUGGUGACUCUGACGGACAUCAUCCGUUCAGCCAAGUUUCCGCUGCGUCGCAGGAAAUGAUUUCUCCACGUCGAUAUAUGCUCAAGCGCAGAAUGGCCGAACAGCAAAAGCACCAUCCGUUCAGUCAAGUUAACAUCCCUGUAACCUCGACUGCUUCUGCGGCCAGUAUCUCCGCUGCCUUGGAUGCAUUCCUGAAUGCUGAGGUGUCUACUGCACCUCAUCAACCAGAUGUCGCUCCUACAGUAGCGCUUCUCAGUGACGAUGACCUCCGCUAUCUUGACGAAGUAUUAAAUAACAACGCAGAGCUCCUUGAACAAGAGCUCGAGGAGCCGUACGUACCUGAGCGAGGCUCGCGUAUAUCGUCGGCUGCGGCAUCCGCUGGGUCCCGUCCUACGGAGCGUCUUGAUAGUUCUCCUGGUGGAAAUGCUCCUUCGGGCAGCAUGUCUCCCGCCGGUUCUGUCGUGCAAGAACCGAGUACGUCUCUGGAUGUCCGUCCACACAGGGCCGAUGAAGUUGCAGAAGUAACGCAAGAGGAACAGGAAAUGCAGCCUGCUGCUCGGCUACGCAAGCAGCUCCACCGUAGGCGGUAUACUCUUCCAGCAAACCUGGGCAACCACUCCAACCUCCAUCUUCAAGCGGGCGAUAGCCGCGAUGAUAGCGUGCCACAGGCUUUCCAACCUUUCUCCUCCAACAUGGAAUGGCUCGCGCGCAACCCGCUCGUCAGGGACAUGUACCAACAGGGAACAUGCCCUCCGUUCUCCUUGGAGGACAUGUGUGGAAUCACUGCUGUGGUGCUCCAAAGCUUAUCGAAGGCAUACGGAUUCACCGAAGACGUCGUGUUGGAGAAGUGGACUUCCGCUGGCUCGCUGAGUAUAGCAGAGCGGUGGCUCGCCGAGAUGCGACAGGGCGCGGAACAGGUUUCGGUUGCGUUGGAGGACAGCAUGGUGCUGGAGGAAGACGACCCGUCUGAGCGAAGGCAGAGCGGGCUUCAUGCUCAUCCGGCGGUGAUCCGCCUUCGAAGAAGUUCUAGGAGAGCCCGCCCUUCUCAUUCGAAGAACUCCUCAGUCUUGCAGAUCACGCCUCUGCCCAAUGAGGCCGAAUAUCAACCUCACCCGGACUCGAGGGCUGGUCAAUACGUCAGGCUGACGAGGGCGGCAAGGCGAGAGGACGUGCAUGCCAACGAAAAUCACUCAACCGUGGGGUCCUUUGCGUUCAGAGUCCCCCGCAGACGUUCCACCAAUGGAGAGAAAGAUGAUCGUGACGUUGAGAAGUUACUGGACGGUGAAAGGGAUGACAUGGAGAUAGACUCUCCGUAG